AUGGAACUCGUGGGCACCGUGGGCGUCUUCCUGGGCAUCUGCUUCUCUUGCUUGCUGCUCGUCUCUGCAUGGAAGCGGAUGCACAAAGAAGGAAAGCUGCCCCCAGGCCCCACCCCGCUGCCCUUCCUGGGAAACAUCCUGCAGGUGAAAACCAGCGCGCCCUUCAAGUCCUUCCUGGAGUUGAAAGAGAAAUAUGGCCCCGUGUUCACAGUCUACCUGGGCCCUCGGAGGGUGGUGGUUCUGUGUGGACACGACACCGUGAAGGAGGCUCUGGUGGACCAGGCUGAGGAAUUCAGCGGCCGAGGGGAAAUAGCCACCAUCGACCGGAACUUCAAUGGGUUUGGCGUCGCCUUGGCCAACGGGCAGCGCUGGCAGCAGCUCCGCCGCUUCUCCCUCACCACCUUGAGGAACUUCGGGAUGGGCAAGCGGUCCAUCGAGGAGCGGAUCCAGGAGGAGGCCCAGUGCCUGGUGGAGGAAAUCAGGAGAACCAAAGGCCAGCCCUUCGACCCGACCUUCUUCCUCAGCCGCACGGUCUCCAAUGUCAUCAGCUCCGUCGUCUUCGGCAGCCGCUUUGACUACGAAGACAAGACCUUCCUCUCCCUGCUGCGAAUGAUCAACGAAAGUUUUAUAGAGAUGAGCAGCCCUCUGGCGCAGCUCUAUGACAUGUAUUCCUGCAUCAUGCAGUACCUGCCGGGAAGGCACAACCGCAUUUACUACCUGGUGGAGGACCUGAAGGACUUCAUUGCCGGGAAGGUCGAAACCAACCAGGCGACGCUGGAUCCCAACAAUCCUCGCGACUUCAUCGAUUGCUUCCUCAUCCAGAUGGAGAAGGAAAAAGGAAACCCUUCCACUGAAUUCAACCUGAAGAAUUUGGUCCUGACCACCCUCAACCUGUUCUUUGCUGGGACGGAAACCGUGAGCUCCACCCUGAGAUAUGGCCUCCUUUUCUUGAUGAAAUACCCAGAAGUGGAAGAAAAGGUCCACCAGGAGAUUGAGCAGGUCAUCGGCCCCAAUCGCCUUCCUGCCACGGAAGACCGGCUGAAGAUGCCCUACACAGAUGCCGUAGUCCAUGAGAUCCAGAGGGUGACGGACAUCGUCCCCCUGGGAGUGCCCCACACGGUGAUCCGGGACACUCAGUUCCGGGGUUACCUUCUGCCCAAGGGCACGGACGUCUUCCCCUUGCUUGGCUCGGCCUUAAGGGACCCCAAAUACUUCAGCGACCCCGAGAACUUCAACCCCGGACACUUCCUGGACGAGAACGGCCGUUUUAAGAAGAACGAGGCUUUUGUGCCGUUUUCCUCUGGGAAGCGCGUCUGCCUGGGGGAGGCCAUGGCUCGGAUGGAGCUCUUCCUCUACUUCACCACCCUGCUGCAGAACUUCUCGCUGAAGUCGCCUCUGCACCCCAAGGACAUCGACGUCUCCCCCAAAAUGAGCGGCUUUGGGAACAUCCCCCCCGUCUACCAGCUGAGCAUGCUGCCCCGCUGCCCCUGGGCGUCCGCUGCCUCUCUCUAG